GAACUCUAAACUAGCAACUAGUAAACUAACUAGCCUGGACGGACCUUGAUGGCGGAAACCAAAAACAGGAACUGUUAGUGCAGGGAUACAAUUUGGUAGAUUCUAGAUAGAUCUAGAUAUCUAGAGAGCGCCUCAUUUAUUCUUUAAUUUCAGUUUCCUGCAUUACUAUCAGUAAUUAAUACCAGUCAACUGUUCUGCCACGCCCCUUGCCUUUACCAAAGGCUGUUUUACUCUCGGCCUCGCAGCCAACAUGUCUGGGACUGGGAACAAGAAAGUUUCUGCACCAAAGUUCAAUCGUGAUUACUUCACGCUGCCCCACCCGUUCUGGAUGGUAAUGAUUCCUUUUGGACUUUGGCUUUUAGCGAUGGCUACCGUAUCUCCAAAUAAAGUCCCGUCAUUUCUGGGGCCGUUUGCAAGUUUGGCUGUAUUCAUGGGAACAACAUACCCGAACAUCUGUCUUUUGUUAAGCGUGUUUGCUGUUCUUAUGCAUUCUUUGGAAGCUGCAUUUGCAGGGAAACUUUGUCAUGACCGUGACUUCAGCGCUGGAGCAACAGCCAAGUGGACAGUGUCCACCUUCUUCUUUGGAGGAUCCUCGCUGGUCAGAUUGUGGCCAGCCAAGCCCCCGUACAAAAUUGUGUAGCUACACUAUCGCAGUUGUAUGUUUUACCUUAAAAAUUGAUGUAAAUGUACGAGGGCUGUCAGAAAAGCAAGGUAUUUUUUAAAAUAUAUAGUAAAGGGUUUUAAGUGCUCGCAACUGCAUAAGGUCAUAUGAGCGCCAAAAGCAAGGUAGAGAUAUUCUUGGAGCAAACUCAAAGCUGAACAAGCUGAUUGAAAAAAUUUUUUGGAGUAGUUUUAAAGAUAUGCCACAUUUUGUAAUACAGGGUGUAAAAAGCUGUUUUGAGAAAAAUAGCUUCGCCGCUAGUAUGUUGACCUUAUUUCUAGCACUUUUUUCACCUUUGGCAAAGUACAACAUGUUGCAAAAAUAAUUAAUAAAAGAAACAUUUGGGCUUAAAAUAUAAAAUCCUUUCAAUAUGUUACUAAGAAAUGGUUAAAUGUAUGUUUUCUGAAGGAACAAAAUUUUCGACUAGGUACAGCUUUUCUUGGCCUUUUCUUUCACCCCAUUGCUAGUAAAAUAGCUUUGCUGAGAACUGGGACCUUUCUCCAGCCACACACACAAAUAUGGUUUUAAAGAAAAUGUUCACUUCCUGCUGUCAGGGUAGUAGUUAUGGGAAUGUCUUUGACAUCACUUCUAACAAUGCGAACUUCAUGAGGCCGAGAUGCAACUAUAGAAGUGCGCCGUGGAGUCUUACAGUUUUUACAAACAAAAGGAAAGAAUCCCAAAGAAAUUUUUAGAAAUGCAUUGCUGUCUAUGGGGGAAAAUGUAUUAAAAAAGCAAA